AGAAAUGCUAUUACUGACAAGAAUAAGCUGUGGCAUGGUGGAGUUUUACCAUAUUACAUUUCAUCACACUACUGUAAAAAUGCCAUGAGAACCAUUGAAGAGAAAACCAAAGUAAAUGGUAAAACAUGUAUCCAUUUUACACCUCAUACAAAUCAGAAACAGUAUAUAAGAUUUGCCGACGGUUCAGGAUGUCAUACUCCAGUAGGAAUGGGACAUUCUUCCUCAACUGUAACCUUAGGACGAGGUUGUCUGAGAAUUGGUACCAUUAUGCAUGAAAUUAAUCACGCUCUCGGAUCUUGGCAUGAACAGAGUCGACACGACAGAGAUAAUUACGUCACUAUCGAUUUCAGCAAUAUUCAAUCAGGACGGGAACAUAACUUUGUCAAAUACACAAACAUCGACGAGCUAGGUGAACCAUACGACUAUGAAUCUGUCAUGCACUACAACGCCUACUCUUUUGCAAAAGAUCGAAGAAAGCCAACCAUCAUCCCUAAACAGCGUGGAGUCAGCAUUGGACAAAGAACUCAUCUUAGCCCCAUUGACAUUAAGGAGAUUCAAAUCUUAUAUGGUUGUAUUCCAAGACCACAUGGAAAGUAA